UGCGGCGCGAUGCGGGGUGGCUGUCGCCUCUUCCCUCUGCUGCUCCUGUGCGGGCUGUGUGGCGGAAGGGAGCUGGCGCCGGGCGCCGUAACCUGCGGCUCGGUGCUGAAGCUGCUUAACACCCGCCACAGCGUUCGGUUGCAUUCUCACGAGGUCAAAUACGGCUCCGGAAGUGGGCAACAGUCGGUGACAGGAGUUGAAGCUUCAGAUGAUGCCAACAGUUACUGGCGGGUUCGUGGGAAGGUUGAUGGCAGCUGCCAACGCGGAACCCCGGUGAAAUGUGGGCAGGCAAUACGACUUACCCAUGUAAACACAGGAAAAAACUUGCACACCCAUCACUUCCCAUCGCCGCUCUCCAAUAACCAAGAAGUAAGUGCCUUUGGUGAUGAUGGUGAAGGAGAUGACCUCGAUAUAUGGAUUGUGCAGUGCAGUGGGACACACUGGGAGCGGGAGGAUGCAGUGCGCUUCAAGCACGCAGGAACUGAGGUGUUCCUUUCAAUUACGGGGGAGCAAUAUGGCCAUCCCAUUAGAGGUCAGCGGGAAGUUCAUGGCAUGCCCACUGCUAAUCAUCACAACUAUUGGAAAGCAAUGGAAGGAGUCUUCAUCAAACCCAGUAUGGACCUUGCAAAGCACGAUGAGCUCUGAAUUGCCAGAGGAUCCAAUAAGAUUCAUCCUGCUCCAGUGUUCAGAGAUGCUAAUACUUGGUCUCUUAAAAAGUCCUACCUUGCCUAAGUGAUUGACUUUCUGUGUUGCUGAAGGGCAUUAGUUCACUCUAGGAAUGCUGCGCUUCUGUGGGAAUGACAUCUGCCAGGCUAAGACAUUUUACAUUUAUUUAAGAAAUCCUUUCUAAAUCUUCAACCUUAUUUGGUGAAACUAGAUCAUACGUGUUAGUUCUCACUGUCAUUUGUUUUGUUCAUUACUUCUCCAAAUCAAAAGAAAUGGAAAAACAAAGUAGUACAUCUCUGUCAUCCCAGGUACCACAGAGCUUUGUAUUUUGUAAUCUUUUUUUCGAUUAUAAUUAAAUAUUUGGAAACUUAUUUCUAGCUAGUGAGAGAAUGCUAUUAAUGAAGAGGUGGAGUAAGUCUAGAAAGGGAAAAUAUUUCUUGGAAAAUGGUGCCUUUUGAAUGAGUCAAAUUCAGCUAUUUCAACCUUGCAGGAAAAUGUUUCAGUCCAUCGGAAAAUUGCUUCCAAUGUAUUUCAUGAGCUUUGUUCUGUGUUUAUGGAAAAGUUGAAAAUACUGUGUAUGUUGAAGCAAGAAGACAAGUUUUUAUUUAUUACCUUUCUCUGAAGAAAUCUGUGUCUUUUUCUGCUGAUUGUGAUACUGCUAAUUCUCAAACGGUGGGACUUUUGCUCUAGGGGCUGGUGCAGAAGGCUACUACUUGUUUAAUUAAUGUUCAAAUUUUAUAAACUUUGAUGUGAAUAAA